UAUGUCGAUGCUCUGAUGACUGAGAAAGCAUCGUCGUCAUCGUCGUCGGAGCGGUGGUGGUUGUUGUUGAUAUCCAUGGCGGAAGAUUGAGGAACUAAGAAAGAAUCUCUCAGUUUCAUCAAUGGCGGAGGAGAGAGAAGAACAAACCGAUUGCAAGGAUGAGACGCCGAAGACGACGGCCGGCGAGAUCGGUGGGCGAACCGCUCCGGUGUGGGAGGAGAGAAUCGGAGACUCUAAAAUGGCAGGUGUGAUUCAUUUUUCUGACGGGUUAUGGUCAAGCUGUGUAGAAGAAAGGAUCAUAGUAUUCACAACGAACCAUAAGGAGAAACUCGAUCCGGCAUUGCUGAGACCAGGAAGGAUGGAUGUUCACAUACUCAUGGAUUAUGAACAUGGCAUGUUUGAGCCUAUUGAGAAGAUGUUACUUGAGGUGAAAGAAACUCCAGCUGAGAUCACAGAGCAACUUAUGGUGAGCAAGAAUCCGGAGGCUAUGCUUAAGGAUCAAAUUCCUACUGGCAUUGAUCCUUAUGUUACUAUAACAUUCAACGACGAGGAUAUCAUUCCAGAAUCUAUCCCGAUGGAUAUCGAGAUUGAGAAAAGGCGUGAUCCUGCACGCGAUUUAAGCCCUGGGUCUCAUUCACCAUUUGCUGCACAAGAACAGAAUGUCAGAGUUGGAUCCUUACAUGAAAGUUUGAAUGAUAAGGAAGCCACAAUGCAUAAUAUUGAUGAAGAAGUGUUAAAUUCUAGAGGACAUUCGAUGUUUGAGUUUCGCUUAAGAUCGCCAAGUUUUGCUGGUUCUGAGGAAGAACGUGCAGAUUUUGUGCAUCCAUCACCUGAAAUGGUUCUUCAGCCAACAACUCCUCCCACACCACAAACAAGGCCAAGAAAGAGGAAGCACUACUAUGAUAAUGAGGCUGUCAUAUUAAGCCACAAGAUCCUGAGAAAAAGGAGUGAGGAUCCUAGUAAGACUGUUCGUAAGAGAAAGAAGUUGCCUUCAUCUAAACUAGGUUUUUGGAGACUAGAUAACCAAUCAAAGAAGGAUCAACUUUUCAAUGAGCCCUUGUUUACUGGCUUCUCAAAUGUUUUACGCAGUGUCUUUGAAAAGGACUAUGUAGCUUCAAAACCAUAUCUUGCUGUUCCUGAUGAAACUAUUCCAGAACCUGCAUCAUCUCCUACUCGAGAAGCUGAAACAGAUAUUAACCCGGCCUCUCCAGUUCAUGAUUCUACUAAUCGAGACAGUACAGUUCAGCGGUCUCCACGACAGGAAACUGAAGAUGUCCAAGGCGUUGCAGGUCCUCAAUCCACGCGUGCAGAAGCACAAUCUCCUCAGCCAUCUAACAAUAACGACAUAGAAAUCGAACAUUUCAGGGAUGGUGGUUUCCAUGAUUACAUGCCGUCACCACCUCCACGAUCCUCACCUUUUAGAAACAAUGACUUCACCACUCAGCCUGAAACUUGGGAGACAAGUUCAUAUAGAAGAGAGACUUCAACUUCCACAAAUCCAGAGAAUCUACCCGGACUAAACAUCCCUGAGUACAUGCCAUCACCACCUUUAAGAUCUUGGCCUUUUAGAACCAAUGACUUCACUACUCAGCCUGAAUCAUUGGAGGCAGGAUAUUACAGAACAGAGCCUUCAACUUCGACAAUUCCUGAGUCCUCCUCACCUGGACUAAAAACCCCGGGGCUUCCAACUAUUUCUGAAAGGAUGGACGAGGAACUUUAUUUCCUUGAGGACGGUGGCAAUAGCCCGGUAAGAUCACCAGCAACUCAAUAUUCUGAUGCUUUGCCAGGGAGGACAAGAGCCGUGGCUCAGUAUCUUAAAGAACGUUGUUCAAGUAGUCUCACUUCUUCAAGCCAUGCUUCUGGAGAUCUAAGUUUGAACAAGAUCUUGGAAGGAAAGACAAGGAAAAUAGCUGCUCGAAUGUUCUACGAGACACUGGUCUUGAAGUCUAGAGGACUUAUAGAUAUGAAACAAGACCAACCCUAUAGCGAUAUCUCUCUGAAGUUGACGCCUGCCGUUUUCUCAAAGACUCAACUCUGAAUAAACAAUGCUCACUAUAUCCUGUGUAUACAGUAUACUAACGUUUAUGCUUGCUAGACAAGGAAGUAGUCAUUCUUAAUUUAUUGCCUACUUAACAGGUUUUAUUCAAGAGAUUAACCUAACCAAGAGUUCAAUAAUCCCACGAAAGAGGAAAUUUCAAACCCACUAAUGAACUUACUCUCUAAGC